UCCCAAAAAAGUACUUGUGAGAGAGAAAUGUGUGGCAUGAUUGACAUCACUGUGGUGUUCAUCCCCGAGGAAUGGAAAUGGGGGAAGAAACAUAUAUGUGUAUGUGACUGAACAGUGCUGAACAAGUAGAUUUAGAAAGGCUUUUAAAUCUACAGAACAUUUUUUCCCCUUGCUUUGUAAAGCCUGACAUGCAGUGUUCUUUCUGCAGCCAUGACAGUCCAUGAACUCAAGUGUGUACUUGAUCUCUUGUAAAGGAGUCACUAAGUACCAAUGACUGUUACAUGUGGAGUAAUUGAUGGCCUGGGACCCACCUAGUCAGAGCAGAUGCCUAUCUAGUACUGAGGAAGGGUUUGGGAGGCCCUGCUGUUCCUGUAUUUGCUCCUUCACCCUUCAUUGUUGCAUCCUGGGUAUACCCAGGGAGGAACUGGGAGCCAUUAGUAAACAACCGGCAGGGAAAAACUCAAUAUUUCAAAAAUUGAUGUGUCCAUAUGGGUGUUUCCUGGCUGAAUGUUGUAACUGGCUACAGUAUACGAAACAGCUAACCACUACAUUCUCUUUUUAGGUGUCAGAUAUGGAAGUGUGUAUUUUCCAUAUGCAGUGAUGCUCAGCGAAUAUCCUGGCUUUCUCAUACCUCAGUCCCUGUUGUCUACAGUUAAGAGAGGACCUGUGUUUUAUAACACACCACAUUUCCAGCACUAUAAUGGCUGUGGAAAAGAAAAGAAAAUAAGUCAAACUGAAUGUCAGAAGUCUAAAAACAUGAAUGAAAAACAAGACAACCACUCCGAAGGCGAUGGCCAUGACAUAGGUAGGGUGGCCAGUGUCCCUAGUACUAACACUGACAGAGAAACUGACAACAUUCCUGAAGAAACACGGGGGGCCUUGUCUUGUGUUGCCCAGAAGAGGGAGCUCCAUGGUAAGAGCCCUGGGGAUGAAAGUCUGCAGGGAAGUGCACCUCAAAGAAGCUGUGCGUCUGAGGGAGAGAAAAUGAGGAUGGAAGAGGGCAAAGGAUCCCCCGUCAUACAAUUCUGGAAGAGUUUGAAAGAAACUGUGCGUUUGUAUGACCUGGCUUACGGUAAAAGCAUGCCAGAGAACGGGGAGCAGCACAGUGGGAUUUCACAGAGUUCUUGUGAAGGUGGUGAUGUGCUCGAUAACCCUCGUGAGGCUGACGAGGGCAUUGCACAUAAAGAUGACCACAGAGCUGGUCAGUUGGAGCAGUGCCUUGUAAGAUGUGAGAUGUUAAAGGCAGGAUCACUCAUGGACAUGAACUUGAAUAAAGCAGGACAGGUCCUGUCGUCUCCAGGUGAAGUUAAAGACAGAAGUCAGAUCCAUAAGACCGUGAACUCAAACACGUCCCAGUCUGCUGGAGGUGGCGGCCAGUACCAGCAGGAAAAGCCAUUCUGCUCCAGCAACGAAGGAGUUAAGGACUUGAGCCUACACUCCAAAUGCCAGACCCCCCAUUAUGUUGAGGGAAGAAUGGGAACAUGUAGUGGGGAUCUUGGCUCCCUUUGGAAAGUGGUUGAUGAAGUGGUAGAGAGUAAUAGCUACCCAGAGGUGUGUGUCUCCCCCGCUGCCUGGUCAGCCCAGUUCAACAAGAUUGGUGAAGGAAUCCAGUGUGAUAGGAGCUGGUGGCAUGAAAUGGAGCAGAAGUCCUUGGGGUCGUCACCAGAAAGUCGGAAGGGAACAGUGGAUUCAGGGGGGAGUAGAGAUCUGGAUAUAUAUCAAGUGAUGCUGAGUGACAGCUACCCUGAGAUGUGCACUUACUCGCCUCCCAGGUCACCCCAGACGAACAGGGUUCAUGAAGGAAUCCAGUGUUGUCGGUGCUGCUGCCAUGGAAUGGAGCAGAGGUCCCCGGGGUCAUCACCAGAAAGUAGUGGGAAGGGAACAGAGGAGUCAGGCGGUAGUAGGGACCUGGAUGAAUAUGAAGUGCUGGAGAGUGACAGCUGCACUGACGGGUGUGCUCUCUCUCCUGCCUGGUCAACCCAGGUGAACAGGGUUCGUGAAGGAAUCCAGUGUGGUAGGUGCUGCUGCCAUGGAAUGGAGCAGAGGUCCCCAGGGUCAUCACCAGAAAGUAGUGGGAAGGGAACAGAGGAAUCAGGUGGGAGUAGGGACCUGGAUGAAUAUGAAGUGCUGGAGGGUGACAGCUGCACUGACGGGUGUGCUCUCUCUCCUGCCUGGUCAACCCAGGUGAACAGGGUUCGUGAAGGAAUCCAGUGUGGUAGGUGCUGCUGCCAUGGAAUGGAGCAGAGGUCCCCAGGGUCAUCACCAGAAAGUAGUGGGAAGGGAACAGAGGAAUCAGGUGGGAGUAGGGACCUGGAUGAAUAUGAAGUGCUGGAGGGUGACAGCUGCACUGACGGGUGUGCUCUCUCUCCUGCCUGGUCAACCCAGGUGAACAGGGUUCGUGAAGGAAUCCAGUGUGGUAGGUGCUGCUGCCAUGGAAUGGAGCAGAGGUCCCCGGGGUCAUCACCAGAAAGUAGUGGGAAGGGAACAGAGGAGUCAGGCGGGAGUAGGGACCUGGAUGAAUAUGAAGUGCUGGAGGGUGACAGCCGCAUUGACUGGGGUGCUCUCUCUUCUGCCUGGUUAGCCCAGGUGAACAGGGUUCAUGAAGGAAUCCAGUGUUGUCGGUGCUGCUGCCAUGGAAUGGAACAGAAGUCCCCGGGGUCAUCACCAGAAAGUAGUGGGAAGGGAACAGAGGAGUCAGGUGUGAGUAGGGACCUGGAUGAAUAUGAAGUGCUGGAGAGUGACAGCUGCACUGACGGGUGUGCUCUCUCUCCUGCCUGGUCAACCCAGGUGAACAGGACUCAUGAAGGAAUCCAGUGUUGUCGGUGCUGCUGCCAUGGAAUGGAGCAGAGGUCCCCGGGGUCAUCAGCAAGAAGUAGUGAGAAGGGAAGAGUGGAGUCAGGCGGGAGUAGGGACCUGGAUGAAUAUGAAGUGGUGGAGAGUGACAGCUACUCUGAGAUGUGUGUCCCUUCCCCUACCAUGUCGGCCCCACCCAGCUGUGUAGAUGUGGGCAUCAUGUGCAAUAUAAGCUUGUGCCAGGGUGAGGACGUCUUGGCGAAUCUUAAGGAAACUGCCCUCAUAGGUGAAGGGCCAUUGCCAUACUGUAGAAGAAAGGGUUCUGGGAGGUCAGUCAGGAGUAGGGAACUGGUUGGUGAUGAAGUGGUAGAGAGGAAAAGCUACCCCGAGUCGUGUGGACCCUCUCCUACUUGGUCGGCCCAGUUCAACAAGGUUGAUGAAGGGAUUCAAUGUGAAUUGAGCUCACAGCAUGAUGCAGAGCUAGAGAAGUCCUCUGAGCAGAUGCUCUCUGCAGAUGAAGAGUCCUCAGCAGGCUGCAAGAUGAAGGGGUCAAGGGAAAAGUCAGUCAGGAAUAGGAAAGUCAACACAGAUGAGACUGCAGAGGUUUAUAAUGAAAGCUUCAAAAAGAGUGCAAAAGUUAAAAAGGUUCUGAAAGGCAGGGAACUCCAAGCCCUGAGCAGCUUCUCAAAUGGUAGGGCAGUUGAUGUGUUGAAGAAAAAUGCUGCCCUGAACACCGUACUUCCCAAGGAUUCAGAGGAUGGUGAGUUGGAAGAGGGAGGUGAAGAUGAAAUGGAUGAGGUAGAGUGCCUCCUUGAAGCUAGCCCAGAUAGCCCUCUGACAUCUUCCAGAGGAAAGUUUUAUGGCAAGGCUGGUAGGAUAAGCAGAAUGCCGCCAGAGAGCUCUGUCCCCCAGCUUCCCGUCUGGCCCACCGGAAAUGAGUACAAGGCAAAGCAUGGCCACUAUGGGAGCAUCCCUGUGGUCUGCAAGGCGACGGGACCGGAUGGCUGUGAGAUCAACUGUGGCAGGCUGCGAAUGGAAUGUACCGUGGCCAAACGGGAGGGCUUGGAGUCCAGGAGAGCCUCCUGUGGACCAGUGCAGUGUAACUGUGAGAGAUCGAAAACCAAGGCACCUUACAAAGUAACAAGUAAGCAAAGAGACUGGGAGCAGUAAAGCUUUGGAAAUACUCAGCAGGCACAGAGG